AUGGGGGACUCCAAUCAAUUCGCCGUUCUGCAGGAGUCUUCACCUUCUAGAACGAACAAGGAUGAAGAACCUGACCUCAUGAGUUUCUCGGAUGAUGAAGAAUCUCCAUCCUCAGAAGCCGCGAAAGCCAACGGCGUAGCUCAACUGCCAAUUCAAGAGACUGCCCCCAAGGUUGUGCUCCCCUCCGACCUCCCCCAGAUCGAGUAUCAAGUCGGACUUAUCACUGUCGGAGCUAAAAGCGACACUGUGAACCGAAAUGGCAUGUCUACAACCGCCAAGGUGGAAACUUCCUCUCUGAAGCAGCUUGAGGUCGCACCGACGAGACCGAACCCACCGAUCAUGCCUCCGCAUAAUUCAGCACAUCUACCCAAGCCACAUGGUAAUGGCUCGAAACCCACCUACUCUCAGGUCGAUGAUCCGAACCGGAAGCUCCACUUCACCAAGAAGAUGGAGCCAAUCGGCGGUGGACUUCCACGCUACACCCACGUUCUGAGUAGUGGCCCUCCAAGGCCCACGCGGAAAGGGUCUCGCCGUCCGAAGAUUUUCAGUUCGCUUGUGACCGAUCCCGACAAUGCAGGUCGGCGUAAAUGGCGCAAGAGGGAACGACCUUGCGACGAAAUGAAGUUUCCUCCGGGAUUCGAUCCGGGCGACCAGUCUCACCUUCCGGCGAGGUAUCCUCGGCUCGAUUUGGCCGACGUCGCUAGGUCCUGCGAAGUGUACAUGGAACCAAACCUAAAUAUACCGAAUGGCCACAUUCUGUUGAAUUUCUAUGGUCUGCCGAAUGAUGUACGGAGAGCCAAAGCCAAGAUCCAAGUAUGGCUUCAGGCCGUUCCGAAGGAGCUGCUCGGCACUAAAUUUGCUAGGGUCCGGGCGGAAGUCACCCGAUUCUAUGGGGAACAGUCCAUCCUCGCCCAAACCUCGCUGGAAAAGUAUCGACGUCCUCCCCCACCGAACGUUAUCUUCGGGAUGAUCGCCGAGAUUGCCUGGGGCCGAAGAGACUGGAGAAUGGAGGAGGUCCUGGGAGAGAACCUGGAGGCUUUGGAUCCAAUCCGAAUGGACCAUAAAAUCUACAUCACGAAGAAGUGGGAUGCGCAUGGCGACCCAAUUCUGUGCCUGUAUUGUGAGGAUAGUCUCGGAGCGACAGAGGGAAUGGCUCGCAUUAUGGCGAUCGAUAAACAAGUUGAUGCCAGGGAAUACGAGAAGCCCCAAAUCGUACUGUUCAAACGGGUGUAUCUUUCCGAAAUUGUGGACACGGUGGCGGUUCGCAAGUUCACCACGAGCACUUUCUGUUCAACGGACUGGGCGGGCUUGACGAACGAACCGCCCCCUGUUAUCGGCUUCGCUUGCGAGCUGGAGGGAAAGCAACUGGAUUCGUAUGCACUCACUGCACGACAGGAGAUGCUGCCACCACUCGGGCCCUCGAAUGAAGAAGCUAAACUUGUUGAAAUCGACAAGCUAGCGCCUGGGUCGAUUCUCCUUGGAGUGAGCGACAACGACGAAAGGAACCUCCAGCUGCUCGAGGCUAUCACGAUCCCGACCUUGGAACUCCUGAACUAUUUCCGAGGCAAUCUGAAGAUGCGAGUCCGCGUUGGCCAAUUCCUCGUUGAUGCGGUGAGGACAGACAAGAAGAACAAUCCCGUCACCAAAUACUCGCUCGAGGAGUUCGAGCAACUCAUCAACGAACGCAACGCUGACGAUGUAGGGAAUUUCAAUUCGGAAGUCACUGAGCAUCUCGGCGAUCGAAAACUCGAGAGGCAUAUCCUCGGCCGCCUCCAACGCAGCAGCGCAAUCCUAAGUCCCUACGAUCUCCUCACCGACGAUCUCAAUAGCAUGCGACCCCGCUACUCCGCGACCUUCUUGUUCAAAUUCCAAGAAACCAAGAAGUCCUACAGCACGUACCGGCUCGAGACAUCCUACGCAGCCGACCUGCAGCCUAUGGAAGGUGGACAAGCGUCCAGCCGCGGUACCUGGUCCAAGUUCUUCGCGAACGAAGACGGCCCCACGCAGAUGCUUCAAUUCUGCUUCGCCGACCUGACGGGACGCGGACUCUCGUACCACUUCGGCAUCGAGGGUACCCAUUCGCUCCACGAAUCGCAGGUGCCGAGCCGCCUCCUCGACUUCGCGAAGACGAUCCGAUUCCACCCGGAGGUCGCGGGCGUGCAUUGGAUGAACGGGAAGCGGUUCGUUACGUUUGGGGAUGAGCGGUCGCUCGCAAUGUCCAAGCUGCCCCUGAUUGAGUUCGUGCAGCGACGUCACUGGCUGUUCCGGAUAAAGGGGACCGAGUGCGUGAUCGACUUGUCAUACGUGCAGACUGCGGAAUUGAGCGAGCCAGUAGCGGGGUCGAAGGCGGAAGCGAAGAUCGUGGAUACGCCGAGGAGCGGGUGGGCCCUGAACAUGUUCUACGAGAACUGGGACGACUUGCUAGGAUACAACGGGACGUUGGCGAUCGGGAACAAGACUUUGUGGAGGCCGGAGGAGUGGCAAUUCUUCGGUGCAAACGCCCCCCGAUGGAAGGCCUAUCUGCAGGGGACGUUCUUUAAGGAGCUGAUGCAAAACAUGGAAUUGCUGGAGAAUAUUGUGUUGGGACAGUGUCAGGGACAUGGAUAUCAGCACCUGAUCGGGAACUAUGCGGGGGGAGAUUUUGCUCCUAACCACGACGUGGACUUCCCUGAUUACAACGUGGCCGCGUCUAGCCAUUACGAUAGUGGGGAUCCUACUAGCGAUUUCGAUCGGGACACUUCUGCCGGUUACGAUGCCGACACUCCCGCCAAUCACAAUAAGGAGUCGGGUUAG